AUGUUCAUAAAUUGGGAACACCCGCCCGAGAGGGCAAAACGAUACUACUCGUACGGCAGCGACUGGUCGGGCGGCGCCCGCUGGGCGUUUUUCGCCAUUUUCAUUGUGUUGAUCAUCAUCGUGGUGUUUGGAACCAUGCGCAUCAACCGGGCGAGAACGAGGCAAGGCAGAGACCCCAUCUACGGGACCCGGUGGAUGACGCCACCGUCGUACUUCCAGUCGCAAGACCAGUACAACCAGCCAACACGCGGCGACCCGGACAUGCCCAAUGCGUACGUGCCCACGUACACGGAAACCGCCAACGAUAACGACAUGGGCUACUACGACCAGGCCGGCAACUUCCACGAGAACCCCAACGCCAAGGGCCCCCUUAUGCCCGAGCAGGCGCACCAGCGGACCACAAGCUACGCCGACGGCGUGCCUCUUUCAGACUAUAACGCCGGCUCGCCAGGCGCCGCCGUGUCUGACCACGAUGCGUUCUAUAGAAGACCGUCUGGCCAGCCUCCGGCAGUAAGCACUGGAGACUCGGACCCCGUCUACCAGCCGCCACCAGGACCUCCUCCUGGUGAGGACUAUGCCCGGCCGCUGGGACAACCGCCACGGAGCUAA